AUGUCUCAAUUAUGUUUCAUAAAAAAAUGUACUCGUACAUCGCGUGGUCUGUGUGAUUGUUGCCAACAAAGCCUUUGCUUACAACAUUUAAAUGAACAUAAUGCCUUGCUCAUUUCUCAACUGAAUCCUUUGACUGAUGAAGUUAAUGCACUUGAAGAUCGUCUCAAAAUACUAAAUAUUCAAAAAUCUAUUGGUAAUAGUCGUGAAAAACUUGAACAAUGGCGUGAAGAUUGUCAUAAGAAGAUUGAUUGUUUAUUUGAACGAAAGUGUCAAGAACUUGAUGAACUUGUUAAUCAAAAAAUUGACCAACAACGUGAAGCACUCAAUUGGGUACAUUCGAAAAUAACUGAACUUAUCAAAGCACAAGAAACAACUCGUCAAGAUAUCGAUUCAAUGAGAUCAAGUAUUCGUCAACUCAAAAUAAAUAUACAAAAAAUCGAACGAAUAUGUUUUACGGUCGAUACUCGUCCACUAUUGAUAGAUGAUACGUUCGUUCUUAUAAACAAACCAAUUGAACGUGAACUUGAUCUAUCAACUCUUUCGCCAAGAUACACAACGAUUCAUCGUAAUGAGGGAAGUUUUCCAUCAUUAACUAACAAUGAUCGAUAUUUAUUAAUGCAUCAACAGCCCAAUUUAUGUAUAUUUGAUACAGAAAUGAACAUAGUCAAACAAAUGUUAUGGUCGUAUGAUGCAAUUCAUGAUAUGUGUUGGUCAUCAACAUUAGAUCGAUUCAUUCUACUUGGAAAAAAUAAUAUCUAUCUCGUUAAUGAAAAUACAAUGACAAUUGAUACUGUUAACACAAUGGAAGAACGAUACUGGGGAUCGUGUACAUGUUCGGACACAGUUUUCUUUGCAAGUACAAAUGAAUGUCCUUCAUCUGUAUUAGAAUUCACAUUAUUUCCAGUGAUUCAACCGGUUCGCGAAUGGAAAUACCCUCUUACAUCUACUAAAGAUCAAGGUAUUGCUGAUACUGUUUAUAAUGAUGGAAAUCUAGCUUUAAUGGUUAUGAGUGAAUCCAAGAGAUCGGUGCGUAUUGAAUUGAGAAAUGUAAAAACAUUCGAUCCCAUCUGGUCACUUCAACUUGAUACUAAGUGUCUCCAAAAAGUAGCUUUUCGUUGUUGUUCACUCACUUUUAAUGAAUGGCUCAUUGUUGACUAUGAAACUGAACGUCUGAUACAGAUUACAAAGGAUGGAAAAAUAAAGAAUACAAUUCAAUAUUAUCCGACCCCCUGUCGUGCUGUUUUAUUCGACUUCAAUAAACUGGCUAUAUUGACUUUGGAUGAUGUUAGGCUGCAUACAAUUCAGUAA